GCUUCAUUAGAUAUCCAAUCUAGGGUACAUUUGAAAAAGGCAUUGUAACGCGUUUAUCCUGCCAGCACGGCGACUCAAGUCAGAAUGAAUCGAACCACGAAGCUGAAAAUGACGGAAUUGAAUCCGCACUUGAUGUGUGUGUUAUGCGGUGGUUAUUUUAUUGAUGCUACGACAAUUAUAGAAUGUCUUCACUCGUUUUGCCGCACUUGUAUUAUACGUUACCUUGAAAGCAGUAAAUAUUGUCCCGUUUGCGAUACGCAAGUACACAAGACUAGACCAUUACAAUACAUAAGGCCAGACAGAACGCUCCAAAACAUUGUUUAUAAAUUGGUGCCAGGUUUAUUUCGAGAUGAAAUGAAGCGAAGACGCGAAUACUACGCCGCGAACCCAUCAGCAAAAAGCAAGCCCACUCACAGAUUCUCCCGACAGAACGCAGAAGAACGAGGCGAAGUGAACGAAAUGUUUAUGUACAAAGACGAUGAAAAAAUGAGUCUAUCUUUACAGUAUUAUCUUUCCGAAGACAAUGGACGUUCAAAGUCCUCAAGUUCCGUAACCAAUAGCAACACUGAUCAUCAAAGUGACAGUGACGGCAAAGACGAGGGUGAUAUUCGCUAUCUUAGAUGCCCUGCUGCAGUAACAGUACAUCACAUCAAGAAAUUCAUUCGAAAUAAGUUCGAACUUCCGGUUUCGUACGAGAUCGAUAUUAUGUAUCGUUAUCGGAAAAGUAUUGACUCAUUGAUCGAUCAUUAUACGUUGAUGGACAUCGCCUAUCUUUACGACUGGAGGAGAAAAAGUCCCCUGGCGCUGAUGUACCGGGUGAGACAACCAUCUAUAAACCGACUGAAAAAAAACCUCCACCGUACCCUCAGCUCGGCGGACGUUCGCACUGAUUGUAAAAUUCGAAAAAAGAUCCACACAGAACCAACCCAGCAUCAGCCGAAGUUACCAACAACAGUGACGUGUGACACUUAAAACUUGAUCUAAAUUUAUUUUAAAAUUGAAAUAAUUAUCAAUUAAAUGUGUAAUAAUGUGCAUUUCGUAUUGCCACGCGAGAUUUGUCUAAUUUCAUGUCCAGUGCGUGUUUUAUCUCAGUCUUUGAAGAAUUUCAAGUUCAAAUUGUUUUACAUACA